AUGAGACUCCUAAUCUUCAUCACUCUUUUCGUCGGAUCCACCUGGGCGGCAACUGAAUGUUCAAAAAUUGGAAAAAAUUGCAAAAGCUUCCUCAAUACAACGCUCAGCAAACUGACCGCAAAGUUUACUUCUGAAGAUGAAGUCGUUUGCAUGAUCAACAACGAUCUUGGAGCUUGUAUUGCCGAUGCAAAUGAUUUCUCUACUUGUGCUGAUGUAUUGGCGAACAACUCGAACAAAUACAUGCAAAAAUUGAUGACGACGAAAAUCGCAUUGGCCGGAGUGUUGACUGAUUUCAUUUCGUGUCUCAGUGGACAGAAAGACGUUGGUCUCACCGAUUUCUUGACGAAAACAGUGUUGGGUGCUUUGAAAGCAAAGUUGAAAUUGCCCUUCGAGUCAGCGAUUCAACCAACAAUGAAAACGAUGAAAGCAUCCGGCAAACCGGUCGGCGAUCGUCUUGAGCAGGCGUGCAUCAAGGGGACGGCCAUCACCACAACGGAUCUCAUCUCGCAGAUUGUCAAGAAAGACAUGCUACUGACAUAUUCGGGUACAUGGACGGAAUGUGUGAUUAAAAAAAGUCGUCGCUCAAAAAGUGCUCACUCUUGCCAAAUAUAUCAAGACGACGUACAAAAAGAAGGCCACGUGUCCAUCAGGAUGAGAAAAUCGAAUAGA